GCUGACCCCAAAGUUUUUCAAAAACCCACUUUUGUAGUUUGACAUUCACCAUGCGUUCACAUUGCCGUUCACACAUUCUCUCAAUCACCUCUACUGUAUAUGUAUAUCAGGCUUUCCAUUUUCUCACAGAAUUCUGAUUGCAACCCUUUUUCUUUUUCCGUGCUUUAGACCUUCUUUUCAGGAAGCCCGUUUCGAGAGAUGAAUGAGAACAAGCAGCAGCAGCAGCACCCGCCGCAGCAGAGGAAGAGAAGAAGAAGAGAAAACACGAAUGAUGGCGUCGGAGUUGUGGACGCAGACGUGGACGUGAAGCAAGUGAAGACUAAAGGGCUCAACGAGAUUAUCACUUCUUUGAUUUUGCUUGAGGAUCAAGAAAAGAACGAUCUUGAGGAGUUGGAGAAGGCCAAUCAGGAAGAAAGGCUUCAAUUGGAAGAAAAUCAUAGCAAGAGGACACGGGCUAUGAUGGAUUAUUACUCCGACUUGCAGGAUUAUCAUAAGGACGCCGAGCGCGCUGAAGGGACGAGGAAAAGAAAGGCCAAGGCUAAUGCUUUUGCUGCCACAAACGUUGCGGCAAUGGCCAUUGGUACUGCAGGAGGUGCCGAGGAUUCUGUUUCUAGUGAACAAAACCUCGCCUCGAAUGAUAAAGCUCCAGCGGCCGGGCCUCAAAGGCGGUUGUGGGUUAAGAAUAGGUCUAAAGAUUGGUGGGAUCAAUGUAGCAGUCCGGAUUUUCCGGAGGAGGAAUUUAAGAAGGCGUUUAGGAUGGGGAAGGAGACGUUUGACUUGAUUUGUAAUGAGCUGAGCUCUGUUGUUGCCAAGGAAAAUACAAUGUUGAGGGAUGCUGUUCCAGUUAGGCAACGUGUGGCGGUGUGCAUAUGGCGUUUGGCCACCGGUGAGCCGCUCAGGCUGGUUUCCAAGAAGUUUGGAUUGGGGAUAUCAACAUGUCAUAAGCUUGUCCUUGAGGUUUGUUCCGCAAUAAGGAGCGUUUUGAUGCCCAAGUAUCUUAGGUGGCCUGAUGAGGAGAGUGUGAGGAGGAUCAAGGAAGAAUUUGAAUCCAUAUCUGGGAUACCCAAUGUGGUUGGAUCCAUGUAUACUACACACAUACCCAUUAUUGCUCCUAAGAUUAGUGUAGCGGCCUAUUUCAAUAGGAGGCAUACUGAGAGGAAUCAGAAGACGUCAUAUUCUAUCACCGUUCAGGGAGUUGUCGAUCCGAGGGGAGUGUUUACAGAUGUUUGCAUUGGUUAUCCUGGUUCAAUGACUGAUGAUCAAGUGCUGGAGAAGUCCACUCUUUUCCAGCGGGCGAAUGCAGGAUUCUACCAGGGUGUUUGGAUUGUUGGGGGCUCUGGACAUCCGUUGAUGGAUUGGGUAUUGGUGCCUUAUACACAGCAGCACUUGACUUGGACUCAGCAUGCCUUCAAUGAGAAAAUUGGGGAGAUUCAAAGGAUUGCUAAAGAAUCAUUUGCAAGAUUGAAAGGCAGGUGGGGUUGUUUGCAGAAAAGAACUGAAGUGAAACUUCAAGACUUGCCAGUGGUGCUCGGAGCAUGCUGCGUGUUGCAUAACAUAUGUGAGUUGAGAGAGGAGCGUUUGGAUCCAUCGCUUAAGUUUGAACUCAUUGAUGAUGCGAUGGUUCCUGAGAUUGGAUUGAGAUCGGCAAACGCAAUGAAGGCAAGAGAUACAAUAGCUCACAAUCUCUUGCAUCAUAACCAUGCUGGCACAUCAUUUCUUUCCUAGGAUAAUUUGAAGAAAGCCUUCUCCACUCUUCAUUCCAGAAUGAAGAAUGACAUUAUACAUCUUCUGUUCUACCUUUGUACAAUACACAGUUGGCAAUUUGUUCAAGGGGCUCUGUUUCUCCAUGGUAGGUGCUUUUCCCCUUGGGCAAAUUGAUGUUUAUUAUCGUCUCGUAGGCUGAAGUCAUACACAGAAAUCACAGGCACAUUUAGUUCAGUUUUUACAAUUGACAGUUACUUAGGUGAAUUCCAUUAGUUUCAAGACUAACUGUUCCAUUGCAGUGUUAUACUUGCAAGAAUUGUAUUGUAUUGUAAACUUUCAAAACCAUGAAUAGUUAUUUUAAUUCUCAUUUAUGAAAUGAAAUCUUCCGUUGUGCAUUGA